AUGUCUUCGAAGAUGUGGGAGGUCGACCCCGAAACGCGCAGCAAACUCCUUGACAUCUCCAAGACCAACGAGAACAACAAAUGCGUUGACUGUGGGGCUCCCUCUCCUCAAUGGGCAUCGCCCAAAUUCGGCAUCUUCUUCUGUCUAGCAUGCAGUGGCAUCCACCGCAGCCUGGGUGUGCACAUCUCCUUCGUCCGCUCCGUCACAAUGGACGCCUUCAAGAAUAUCGAGGUCCAGCGCAUGUCGCUGGGCGGCAAUAAGCCAUGGAAAGACUUCUUCAACAACCACCCCAGCAACAAAGUCAUGGGCAGGGAUUUCGAGAGCUGCACAAUUGCAGAGAGAUACGAUAGCGAGGCGGGAGAGGAGUGGAAGGAACGCUUGACCUGCAAGGUUGAAGGCACAGAAUACGUCCCUGGCGCCAAGAAGCCCGCGAGGCCAGAGACGGGCAUCACGCCGGCAGGGUCAGGGAGGAACACUCCAACACCCAGCAACGUACGAUCACCACCGCCACAAAAUCGAGCACCACCCGGCCAAAAAGCCAAGAAUGAAGCCUACUUCGCCUCCAAGGGCGAAGAAAACGCCUCUCGCCCCGACGGUCUCCCGCCCUCACAGGGAGGGAAAUACGGCGGCUUCGGCUCCGGGCCUCCUCCAUCCUCAUCCUCCGCGUCUGGUCUGGAUGUUAAUGGCAUGCCGACCAGUGACGACUUCCAAAGGGAUCCCAUGGCCGCGCUGACCAAGGGUUUCGGCUGGCUAAGCAGCACCGUCACUAAGCAAGCCAGCACCGUCAACAAAGCCUACAUCCAGCCGGGCAUGAAGUCGCUCGCGGAGGGCGACUUCGCCGCUCAGGCACGCGCGACAGCCCUGCAAGCCGGCACAUUGGUGCAGCAGGGCGCAAAGGGCGUGGGCGAUCAGUUCAACAAGUUUGUCGACCCGGAGCUCAGCCAAGGCGGCGGCGGCGCUGCGUCUUCAUCCACUGGCGGGCGAGCAGCGCCCGAGAAGAAGGACUUUUGGGAUUCGUUUGGGCAGGAUGCGGCGGGCCCGCCGAAGGAGAAGCGGGCUUUCUGGGAUGAUUUUGCGGCGGCGGGCGAGGCUGCUGGGCAAAGCAAGGCUGCCGCGAAGCCCACAAGUAUUGGGACCAGUGCGAUGAAGACGGGCGGAGGAAAGAAAGAGGAGGGCGAAGGAUGGGGGGACUGGUAG